AUGACUGAAACACACGGGAUGUCUCUAAUUAUAGAGCUGUCGCGUCAAGUUAAUUGCGAGGGGUUGGUGUUUGAGCUUUCGGAUCCUGAGAGUGUUAAUGAUGCUGUUAAUGCUAAUAAUGUUAUCGCCGCUGCUGCUGCUACUGCUGCUGCUGCCACACCUCGACCCAAAUAUGCUCAACCACGAGCUUUCGUCUGCAAAACCGAGGCGAAAAACCGAGCCAGCCAUCUUGUUUUUCCCGCGAUUGGCGAAUUUUUUAUGGCAUGA